UUUUUUUCUCCGCGCAGAGCUGCUGCUGUUAUUUGGGCUCAGAGAAAGGAAGUAGCGCUGGCUAGCCGUGUUAGCCGGUCAAAACUUCAUCUGUUUUGGAAAACGAUGGAUUCAUGAGGGGUUUUCAUGCUAGGAUAUCAUUUUAUUUACUGAAUACUUUUCUCUUUGCUCGGAAACUCUUUUAUGCCGUGCAUUUUUAUUGGUUUGUGAUCCAGGCGUGUGACUCCAAGCUUUGUCUACCUCCGGUGCUAGCCUGAUUUAUUUCCAGCUCUACAUUUGUUUUACCGGAGAAAGAGGGGACAGAACAUAUUUUAAGGACAUUUUAUUUUCUUCAAUCGAGCAGGAGGGAAUGCAGAAGAGAGCUACACUAAGACAAUGAGAAAAACUACCGGGAAAGGAGUUGCCUGGUGAGAGCGGCCGUGUGCGGCAUGCUGAGGCCACUCCCCCUGGCCCAGGAUGAGUGUCAGAGAUGGCGCUGCCACCAUGGCAACGGUCGCAGGUGGUGGAGGAGGGGGAGGUGGGCCAGCCAGCCUCAGUGACCUCGACAACCGCUCUUACCUGCUGCAGAUUUACCCCCGGCUAACUGCUCUGUCCUCUGCUUGCUGCUGCCUCACAGUGCAGAAGGACUCCACAGCAGCUUCUGUGAUCUCAGACGCUGCUGCAGCGCUCGGGCUGGACCCUGGGCGCUCUUAUGUUUUGGCAGAGGUGAAAGAAAGUGGAGGGGAGGAGUGGAUCCUGGAGGCUGGGGAUCUGCCGGUGCAAAGGGUUCUGCUGUGGCCUCGUAAAGCCCAGGAGAAACAUGCUCAAAGUCUGGGCUUCUACUUCUUGCUACAGGAAAGGAACCAUGAUGGCACCAUUCGUUACGUGCACCUCCCACCACUGUCGAAGGAGCAGCAGGUACAGCAGUUGGCCGCGAGGGGCUUCCUCCCUCCACCACAGGACGAUUUUGCAGACCUCUGCAACCUCCCUGUCCUCAAUGAGGACACUAUACUAAAUAAUCUGCGCACACGCUUCUACAAGAAAAAGAUUUACACCUAUGCAGGCAGCAUUCUCAUCGCCGUCAACCCUUUUAAGUUUCUGCCAAUUUACAAUCCCAAGUAUGUCAAGAUGUACGAGAACCACCAGCUGGGCAAACUGGAGCCCCAUAUCUUUGCUAUUGCAGAUGUAGCGUACUAUGCCAUGCUCAGGAAAAGGGUCAACCAGUGCAUUGUAAUCUCUGGAGAGAGCGGCUCAGGCAAGACCCAGAGCACCAACUUCCUCAUCCACUGCCUGACGGCUCUUAGCCAAAAGGGCUAUGCCAGUGGGGUCGAAAGAACCAUCCUGGGAGCAGGGCCUGUGCUGGAGGCCUUUGGAAACGCUAAGACUGCCCAUAACAACAACUCCAGCCGUUUUGGUAAAUUCAUCCAAGUGAAUUACCUGGAGAGUGGUGUUGUCAGAGGGGCUGUGGUGGAGAAGUAUCUUCUGGAGAAGUCACGUCUUGUCUCCAGAGAAAAGAACGAGAGGAAUUACCAUGUAUUUUACUACCUGCUGUUGGGCGCUUCAGAGGCAGAGAGAAAAGAGUUUAAAUUGUUGCCUCCUGAAGAAUAUUUCUACCUCAAGCAGCUAAAUUUUAAGAUUGAAGAUGAGGAAGAUUUGCGCCAUGAUUUUGAACGACUUCAGCAGGCAAUGGAGAUGGUGGGGUUUCUUCCACCCACCAAGAAACAGAUCUUCUCCGUUCUUUCGGCCAUUUUAUAUCUGGGGAACGUGACCUACAUACGCAAGUCAAAUGGUCGGGAUGAGGGUCUGGAAGUGGGGCCCCCAGAGGUGUUGGCUACCCUCUCUGAUCUGCUCAAGGUCAAGGAGGAAUUGCUGGUUGAAGCACUCACCAAGAGGAAAACGGUCACAGUCAAUGAUAAGUUGAUCCUCCCCUACAGCCAUUCAGAGGCUAUCACCGCAAGAGACUCUAUGGCAAAGUCUUUGUACAGUGCCCUGUUUGACUGGAUUGUUCUCCGCAUUAAUCAUGCUCUGCUCAACAAGAAAGACAUGGAGGAAUCUGUCCCGUGCUUAUCCAUUGGAGUCUUGGACAUUUUUGGCUUUGAGGACUUUGAGAACAACAGUUUUGAACAGUUUUGUAUCAACUAUGCAAAUGAACAACUCCAGUAUUACUUUAACCAUCACAUCUUCAAUCUGGAGCAGGAGGAGUACCAAGCAGAGGGCAUCACCUGGCACAACAUCGACUACACUGACAAUGUGGGCUGUAUUCACCUCAUCAGUAAGAAGCCCACUGGUCUGCUUUACUUGCUGGACGAGGAGAGCAACUUUCCACAUGCCACAGAAGAAACAUUACUGGCCAAAUUUAAGCAACAGCAUCAGGGAAACAAGUACUUUGUGCCCACACCAGUUAUGGAGCCAGCUUUUGUCAUUCAACACUUUGCUGGGAGAGUAAAAUAUAAAAUAAAGGACUUCCGAGAAAAGAACACAGAUCACAUGCGGCCAGACAUUGUAGCCUUGUUGAGAAGCAGUGAUCGUUCAUAUGUCCGUCAGCUCAUUGGGAUGGACCCUGUGGCGAUGUUUCGAUGGGGGAUUCUACGUGCCACUAUCAGGGCACUCGCUGCUUUCAAUGAAGCUGGACGUGCAUGGGUGGCCAAGACUUCAGGUGUCGUCAGACCUGCAUCCAGAACUCCUCUAGGGGAGCUCCAGCGAUCGAAUACUCCGAUUGAACGAAUGUACAAACGAGCUUCUAUGCUCGAUUUUUGCUUUGAUCACUCUGAGGAGCGCCCUCUAGAGGCCUUUGAGGACAUCUUUGCUAGCUAUGAGAAUAAGAAGAAGAACAAAAACGCCAAACAGAAGCAAGUAAUCCCCAAGAGAUUACUGGAUUCUCGGUCUCUUAAGUUCAUUGUUGGUCUGACACUACACGAUCGCACUACCAAAUCUCUUCUUCAUCUGAACAAAAAGAAAAAGCCUCCUAGCAUCAGUGCCCAGUUUCAGACAUCUUUGACAAAGCUUUUAGAAACGCUGAACCGAGCAGAACCGUACUUUAUUCGUUGUAUUCGCUCCAAUGCAGAAAAGAAAGAGAUGUAUCUGGAUGAAACCUUAGUUGUUCAGCAGCUCCGAUACACAGGAAUGCUGGAGACUGUUCGAAUCCGAAGGUCAGGUUAUGGAGCCAAAUAUACAUUUCAGGAGUUCUUUACACAGUUCAGAGUUUUGUUGCCCAAGAAUGCCACAGCAUCAAAAGAAAUCAUUUCAGCUCUCCUUGAGAAGAUGGGCCUGGAUCCUACCACCUACCAGAUUGGAAAAACUAAGGUGUUUUUGAAAGAGCUGGAGCGACAACAACUUCAGGACACGCUCCACAAAGAGGUCAUGCGAAAGAUCAUCUUCCUCCAACUCUGGGUCAAAGCUCGACUGCAGAGGAAAGACUUUCUUGACAUGAGACAUGCAGCUGUUGUAAUACAGCGUUCUUGGCGGCGGUACUGUGAGGAGGAGCGGAGGCGACGUGCUGCCAUUGUAAUUCAGGCUCUGUGGAGGGGGCACCUACAGAGGAAAGAGUACAAACGCCAACUGAAAGGUGCAACUAAAAUACAAGCGCUCGUCAGGGGUCACUCUGCACGCAGGAGGUGCCAAUCCAUGCGUGAAGAAAAACGCAAAAAGGAGGAAGAGGAGAGAGAAGCACAGAGAAGACAGGAGGAAGAAGAGCGAAGGAGGAGAGAGGAGGAGGAGGAGGAGAGGAGGAGGUUAGAAGAAGAAGAGGAGAGGAGGAGGAAAGCUGCUGAAGAAGAGGCAUGCAGAAGAGCAGAAGAAGAAGAGCUUGCCAGAAGAAUCCAAGCCGCAGAGGAAGAGGCUCGGAAAAAGCUUGAGGAAGAGGAGGAAAGAGGAAGAUCAGAGCCUCAGACCAGAGAGGAUCCAGACAUAGAGCUAGUCACUGAGGAGACACUAGAUGAGACACAGGACUCUACUGAGGAGGUGGAGGAUGGAGAGAUGGGAUGGAUGGAGACAACACGCUCGCAGGUUGAAGAGCAAACGGGAGGAGAGGAGCUACCAUUGUCUGGUCAUGUGAUGAAAAUCAAAGGUACAGAAGCUGAGGCAGGCCCACAGCGGCCAGGCAAAGAGGACAAUAAGGAGAAUUUGUACACGGUAACACUAGAAGUUCCAACAGCCUCCACUCAAUUCCAACCCCCCUCACAAGUGGCUCCUACAGACAUUGCUCACUUACCUGCUAAUGCUGAAAAUGCACAAGUGAGAUCUCCUGAUGGUAACAACAGAAGUCAUACAGCAAUUCAGGAAAAGAGAGAAAAGAGGAGACGAAGGGGACUUGAACAUAAUCGUAGGGAGACAGAACGAGCAGCUGCCUCCUCUUCACCACCUACCAAUAAGGAUCAGACCACAAGUCCAAAGGUCAAAACUCCAGAAACCUCUAAGCUCAGAGAGAGAGCCAAUAGCAAAGAGAUAGACCAGUAUACAUUUGUGGUGCAGAAAAUAAAAGAUGACAGAUGGGGUAAGAAAGAGGAAAAAACGUCACCUACACAGGCUCCUCCUGUUCGUCCAUCUACAUUAUUCCUGCAGGCCCCUGAUCAUGACAGAAAUGGGCUCGGUGAAAGUGCUGGAGCUGUUAACCUGCAGCGUCGGCCUGGGGCAAUAAAAGAGAAACCAGAGAAAUGGAAAGGUAGAAGAAGUGAUGACUAUGACACUAUUACCCCUCAAGCAGGAAGAAAUGGGGCUUUGAAAAGACAGUUACUGGAAUCAGCAUCUUCAUCUAUUGACAGCUUAUCUCCAACUUCAGAGGGGGCUGGAGCAAUGUCUCCCCGUGAGUUAAAUUACACAGACAGCCACAUAGAACGUUCAAUGGGUGGUUCAUUUAGACGGCGACAUCAGGACUCGGGUCACCAAGAUCCAUCCCAGCCCAUCCCAUCCACACCAGACAGGUCUGGUGGCUUCCUUAGCAAGAUUCUUAAGAAACGACCCCAGAAAGAAGUUCAGACUCCUGAUGAUGGAGAGAUCACACCUAGUUUCAGUGAGAAGUCAUUUGGAGGAGAAGGAUAUUCAGCCCGCACUCUUUCUCAGUCACAUGGGGACCGCUCAGGGAAAGCUUUAGGUCGCAAUCCCACUAUAAAAAUCAGCCGUGCAACAAGAGUGUCUGAGCAGUGGAACGCCUCUUUGGACCGAGAAAUCACAAACGCCAAUGAACUGCGCCACCUGGAUGAAUUCUUAGGCAAUCAGGUAAACGACUUCCGCUCUAGAGGGAAAUCUCUUUCUGCCACUGAAGCCAUCUUUGUAACUGCCACAAUGCAGUUUAGAGAGACCAUCAAAGCCAUGUAUUCCCUCUCGAAACCCACGAUUGGUUACAAGGACCUGAUGACAAGCUACAAAAAUAAAGUGUUUCACCUGGCAGAUGACAAGCAAAAGGCAGAGGUGCAGCUGGUGGUGAACCUGUUCCAGUCAGUGCUGGAUGGGUUUAUCAGAGGAGAAAUGAAGAAGGAGGAGGCGGAGCCAGUCAAGCCAAAAGCAAGGAAAAAACGGCGGAAAAAAGACAAAAGUAUGGAGAGCCCCUUGGAUCAUGUUUUCAUCAACUAUCAGGUUAGCAUUAUGCAGUCAUGUGACCAGUGUACUUCAUACAUCUGGGGCAUGGAGAAAGCCUACAUGUGCAGCAGUUGUAAAAUGGUAUGCCACAAAAAGUGUCUCAACAAAAUAAUCACUGACUGCAACACGUUCUGUGCCAAAAAGGGGGAUGAGGAAUCUGGUGGUCUACACUUUGGCGUCCAUGUGGGACACCUGGUGAAUGAUAAAAGCCCUGUGCCCAUGGUGCUGGAGAUGAUGCUGGAACAUGUGGAAAUGCAUGGUCUUUACACAGAAGGCAUUUACCGCAAAUCAGGGUCUGCCAAUCGAAUGAAAGAGCUGCACCAGAAACUUGAAACAGAUCCUCAUCUGGUUUGCCUUGAAGACUAUCCCAUCCACACAGUGACCGGGCUGGUGAAACAGUGGUUGAGAGAGCUACCUGACCCACUCAUGACCUUC